UAGUAAUAAUUAUUAAUUUCAUGCCGAGUGCCGACUUGUUAGUUGUUAAUGUAGUGCAAUUGUACGAUGUCUUCGUUUAGCAUAAAUUUGUUAUUGUGUUCAAUUUCGUGCAUAUUAGUGAUAACAAGUACUCAACAAAUUGUUCACAGACGAUUUGAAUACAAAUAUUCCUUUAAACCACCGUACUUAGCACAAAAAGAUGGAUCGGUACCGUUUUGGGAGUAUGGAGGAAAUGCGAUAGCGUCGGGCGAGAGCGUGCGGCUGGCGCCGUCGCUGCGGAGUCAGAAGGGCGCCAUCUGGAGCAAGCAGCCCAUCAACUUUGACUGGUGGGAGGUGGACAUCAUGUUCAAGGUCACGGGCAGGGGCAGGAUCGGCGCUGACGGACUGGCGUUUUGGUACACGAGCCAGCGCGGCGAGUACACGGGCGACGUGUUCGGCUCGUCGGAUCGGUGGAACGGGCUGGGCGUCAUCUUCGACUCGUUCGACAACGACAACAAACACAACAAUCCCUACAUCAUGGCCGUGAUCAACGACGGCACCAAGAAUUUCGACCACAAGAGCGACGGCGCGACGCAACUGCUGUCGGGGUGUCUGCGAGACUUCCGCAACAAGCCCUUUCCCACACGCGCCCGCAUCGAGUACUACAUGAAUACGCUCACCGUCUACUUCCACAACGGUCUCACCACCAACGAGGCGGACUACGAGCUGUGCUUCCGCGCUGAGAACGUGGUUCUGCCACGAGGCGGGUUCCUGGGAUUGUCUGCGGCCACCGGCGGUCUGGCUGACGACCACGACGUGAUCCACCUGCUGACCACCUCGCUGCACAGCGCACAGCAGCCGGGUGGCCAGCAGAUAAGCAACGACGAGCAACAAAAGCUGUCGCAGGAGUACCAGGAGUACCAGAAGAAGUUGGAGCAGCAGAAGGAGGACUACAGGAAGGAACACCCCGAUGAGGUGCGCGAAAAAGACGAGAUGGACGACUGGUUCGAGUCGGACGGACAGCGCGAGCUGAGACAGAUCUUCCAGAGCCUGGGACACAUCCAGGACGUGACGCGCGAGCUGCACAAGAAGGUGGACGAGGUGAUCGGCAAGCAGAUGAACUCCCUGUCGAUGUUGACGGCCGUAUACAGCCAGAGCCAGACGGGCCAACCCGUACAGCCGGGACAACAGGUGCAGAUGCCGGCGUUCCCCAUCACGAGACACGACUGGGACGUCUUCAUGUCCAACAACCAGAUGAUGAUCAACACGGUCUCCGAGCUCAAGGCGUUCACAUUGGAGAUCGCGCGCAAGACGGACGCAGCGCUGAGUGCGGGGGGCGGUGCGGGGGCGGGGGGCGCUGCAGUCAACCCGCAGUUCCUGAGUGAGUUGCGAGACAACGUGAACCAAGUGAAGCAGACCCUGGCCGGAGUAGCACAGAGGGUAUCGGCACCAGCGCCGGCGGCGCUAGGCGGUGGCGCGGGCGGGGCGUGUCCGAGCGUGUCGUGCGUGUCCACCGGGGUCCUGCUGAUGGUGGUGUCGGCACAGCUGGCCCUCAUGCUGCUCUACGCGCUUUACAAAGAGAAAAAGGAAGCUCAAGCGAAGAAAUUCUUCUAAGUGUAAAUGUUUGUGUGUGUGUCUGUCUGUAUGUUACUCAAAAACAAUUAAAUAUCUACGAAUUUAGACGGUGAUUCGCCUGAGCGCAUAAACUUCGUUCACCAACAUGAAAGUGUAAUUUUUUUUGAGAUUUUUUUGAAAACAGUUUAAAACUGCCGCGCGUCUUGUAAGAUACUUGUGUUAGAUAAAAUAAUGGUUGUAAUAUAAAUAUAUAAAUAAAUAUUUUUAUUUCUU